UUGUAGAUUUGGCCUAUAAUCGCGAUAGUAAAGUAGAACGCAGCUUGAAUGCCGGUGAAGGCACGGUGGAGAACCGCAGGCUAUCUGAUUCCAACCUGUCGAAAACUGUGUACACACACAACUUGCGCUUGUUAUCGACGUGUGAAAGAAUUGAAAUAAUGGGUCGAAGUCGUACACCGUCGCCAGGAAGACGAAAAGACCGGUCGCGGGAACGUGAUCGCGAUAGAGAUCGACGGAGGAGACGAUCGCGAGAGAGAAGACGAAGGUCCGCGGAACGAGACAGAGUAAAGUCGAGAGACAGAGAACGAGAUCGCGAACGAGACAGGCACAGGAGAUCAUAUUCUAGAUCCAGAUCUAGAGAACGCGAUAGAUCAAAACAUAAACCGAAACUUUCAACAAAUGAACGGCCAAUAAUCACAGAAGCAGAUCUUCAAGGCAAGACGCCAGAGGAGCAGGAGAUGAUGAGGAUAAUGGGAUUUUGCGAUUUUGACACUACUAAAGGGAAAAAAGUCGAGGGUAACGACGUGGGUGCUGUUCACGUCAUCUUGAAGAGGAAAUACAGGCAAUACAUGAAUAGGAAGGGUGGAUUCAACAGGCCUCUGGAUUUCGUCGCAUAGUUUGUAGUACAAUCUCAAAAAGUCACAGGUGUAUUAUUUUGUAAUAUAUCGCAAAUAAUUUGCAUGGGAAGAGUACGAGUGAAAACGAUGACUUUCAUAACUAAUGUGAUAAUGUAAUAGGAUAUUUAUAUUUAAUAAAUGCACUAAUUUUACAUACA